CCGCUGUAAGGAAUAAGGAAUCUGAUUCGAUUAAGCAUUUCAAGCCCUUUUGAAAUUCGAACCCAAAAUUUUCCUGUUCGUCAAUAAAGAGUAUAAUUAUUCCAGAUUAAAGAUAAAGAUGGGUAUAAAUUUUGAAAUUCGCACAUACCGUUAGGUAUUUGUACAGAUUAUAGUGUAGAAAUUGAAAGGUUUAUUUGCGUGGAUUUGGUGCGCAAUUCAGAUCUGAAUUUGGAAGUCUCAUGUGCAAAAGGCAUCAAUUUGUUUCUGCCUGCGAUCUGGAAGCCUGAUGUCUCAUUGUGUCUAGCUCAUGGUUUAAAGUAUCCCAAUUGAGGCUCGCGUCAAAGUGAGGCGUUAAAGAAACACAUCAAGCAAUGACUGUGAGGCUUUGUUUGGAGGCGUACACCUCAGUUGAAUGAGGCACAUACCUCACUACACCAUCUCAAGACUCGUGAGGUGUAUACAUUGAAGAAUGGAAGAUGGAAUAUCAAGCUUUUGGGGGGCCGUCACAUCAACGCAUGAGUGGUGUGAGCCAAAUUAUGUGCAUUCUUCCUAUAUUGCCGAAUUUUUUAAUACCAUCUCUAAUGUCCCCUGCUUUAUUUUGGCACUGAUUGGUCUUAUGAAUUCUUUGAGACAACAUUUUGAGAAAAGGUUUAGCGUCCUUCACAUAUCAAAUAUGAUUCUAGCCAUUGGCAGCAUGCUAUAUCAUGCCACAUUGCAGCGGCUGCAACAGCAAGGUGAUGAAACACCUAUGGUGUGGGAAAUGCUCCUUUAUAUCUACAUCCUCUAUUCACCAGAUUGGCAUUAUCGAAGUACAAUGCCAACCUUCUUGUUCCUUUAUGGUGCAGUAUUUGCCAUAGCACAUUCACAGCUGCACUUUGAUAUUGGUUUUAAGUUGCACUAUGCGUUGCUUUGUCUUCUCUGCAUUCCUCGGAUGUAUAAAUAUUACAUUCACACAGAAGAUAAAUUAGCUAAGCGGCUUGCAAAGUUGUACGUCGUCACUCUGUUGUUUGGGAGUCUCUGCUGGUUAGUUGACCAUUUCUUCUGCAAGAACAUAUCACACUGGUACUUCAAUCCGCAGGGUCAUGCUCUAUGGCAUGUUUUUAUCGGUUUCAAUUCGUACUUUGCAAAUGCAUUCCUGAUGUACUGUCGUGCUCAGCAACGGGAAUGGAAUCCCAAAAUUAAACACUUUUUGGGAUUUUUUCCCUACGUGAAGAUUCAAAAACCAAAGGCCCAGUAGAAUUCAGUGAUCAACAAAAUGGAGCGUCACAGGUGCUUGCUUUGUGUUUGUUUUUUGUUUCUUGGGCAUUUUGCAAGUGGUCAUGAUUCAUUUUUUCCCCAUUUGAAGAACGCAAUCUUAAUGAUAACUGGGAAUCGUUUUGGUUGUUUCGAUAGAUGUUAAAUUUAGACUGUAAGGGGUUUCUUUUUUUUUUUUCUUUUUUUUUCCGAGGGGUAUCAUAUUAACAUGCUUAAACUGAAGAUUACUUAUUCUUGGUAUUAGAUUUAAUCAUCAUUCACAUGGAUUUGUUUUGCUAUCAUGAAAUGAAUGAGAAAGUUUGUUUCUUGGUUUGA